AUGAACGCCAAGCUGUAAGUCCUCAAAUAUUGUAGCUUUCCAAUUAUUGUCCGAUUCCAGCUUCAUCCUCAUCUCGCUCGCCGUCCUCUUCUGCGCGGUCACCGAAACUCAAGCGCAGUACUAUGGAUACGGAUACGGAUAUUAUCCAUCCUCGUACUACGGAUACGGUAGCGCUUAUGGAUACGGAUAUCCGUACUACGGUGGCUACGGAUAUUACGGAAAGAGAGAGGCCGGAUUCGGAGGACAACAACAGGCUCAGCAAGGAAACGGACAGAAUCAGUGA